CUGUGAGUGCUCGGUCGUUACUUCCGGUGUAAGAAAAGAUGCAGAGAAAAGAGGGAGAUACUUAGGAAAAGUUUUGAACAAGGCUUUCACUGUCAUACAUGUAGAAUCAUCUGCUACAUCAGUCAUGUUGUGUGAUGGGGAAUUACAAAUCCAGACCAACAAUUUCUUGUGCAGAUGAACUGAAAAAGAAAAUAAGUGAAAGUUACUCAAUAUUCAGAUCAAAAAUCAUUGAAGAACUUCGCCCCAAUGAAAAAGAUUGGACAGAGCUGCAGUUAGCUUGUGGAAGAGGAGACUGUACCACUGUAGCAGACUUGUUGACUGAGGAGAAUGUAGAGGAGAGGACAGAUACUGGUCUAACAUUGCUUCACAUAACGUGUAUAUUUGGGGGAAGUAAAACUCUGAUAGACUUAUUGCUGAAGAAAAGAGUGAAAAGCUCUGUCCUCAGUAAAAACCAGUUUUCUGCACUUCACUUGGCUACAUACAAGGGUGAUACAGAGUGUGUACAAUACUUGCUCGACAGUGAUGAUGUAGACGUAAAUUUAGCAGGAAACAGUGGGGCAACGCCACUACACAUUGCAGCUAAAUGUGGUCAUGCUGAGAUUACAAGUGCACUGUUAGAAAAUGGAGCCAAGGUUAAUGUUGAGGACGCAGUCAAGUUUUCACCACUGCAUGUAGCCUGUAACUUUGGCCAUGAUCGGGUGGUGGAGCUGCUGAUUUCCCACGGGGCGGAUGUGAACAUCUCGGGAGGAGUGGGAGAUAGGCCUCUACAUCUGGCCUGUGCCAAGGGCCACUUACAUAUAACCAAACUACUGGUGGAGGGUACCUCCCAACAAAAGGCUGAUGUAAAUGUUACGGACGAUGAACAGCACCGACCGAUCCAUUUUUGCUGUAAGUCUGGUCAUCUGGCCGUCCUGUACUACCUGUUGGAAAACAAGACGGAGCCACAUGUCAGAAACAUAUACGGAGACACGCCCCUUCAUUUAGCAUGUUACAAUGCUAAGGUGGAAGUGGUGAAACAGCUGGUAGCACUGACCAGUGCUGAAAGUCUGACCGUGGAAAACAUCUUCAGCGAGUUUCCACUACACAGUGCCUGUACCAGUGGCCGAAGUUUGGAACUGAUCAAGUAUUUACUGGAGCAGCCCAGCGUCAACAUUAACCAACAGGGGCGAGAUGGACACACAGCGUUACACAGUGCCUGUUACCAUGGCCACAUCCGUGUUGUCCAGUUCUUGUUAGAGUGUCGUGCCGACAUGAAUCUCGUGUCCACCAUGACUGAUCAAAGCUCAGGUAGUGAGAAAGUGGAGGAGCAGACAGCACUCAUGUGGGCAUAUGAACAAGGACAUGAUGACAUCGUGACACUUCUAAAGCACCACAAGCGGCCCCAGGAUGAAUCUGCCUGUGGGGACUACUCCCAGCCAGGUCAAGAAGGGUCAUACGUGUCUGUCCCCUCUCCCCUGGGUAAACUCAAAAGUAUAACACGAGAGAAGAUCGAUGUCCUACAGCUGAGGUCUACCCUACCUCGUCACUACCACCUUAAUAUCAGUGACCUGGACUUUGAGGAGGUCAUCGGCAGUGGUUCGUUUGGCAAAGUGUUCAAGGGACGAUACGAUGGCAAGGUUGUGGCCAUUAAAAGGUAUAGGGCAAACUCAUUUGGUGCUAAGUCUGAUGUGGACAUGUUCUGUAGGGAGGUUGCUAUACUGUCCAAAUUAAACAGUCCAUAUGUAAUCAACUUUGUGGGGGCGUGCCUGGAUGAUCCUAGUCAAUUUGCCAUUGUUACUCAGUUUGUGUCAGGUGGCUCCCUCUUCAGUAUCCUUCAUGAACAAAAAAGAGUUAUAGAUCUGCAUUCCAAACUGACCAUAGCUGUAGACAUGGCCAGGGGUAUGGCCUACCUCCACACACUGCCUCAACCAAUCAUACACCGCGACCUCAACAGCCACAACGUCUUACUCGAUGAAAAUGGACAUGCUCUUGUGGCAGAUUUUGGAGAAUCCAGAUUUUUACGAUCCCUGGAGGACAAUAUGACAAAACAACCUGGUAAUCUCCGUUGGAUGGCGCCCGAGAUAUUUACACAGUGUACCAAGUACAGUAUAAAAGCAGACAUGUUCAGCUACUCCCUGUGUCUGUGGGAACUGCUUGCUGGAGAACUGCCAUUCGGCCACCUCAAACCUGCUGCUGCAGCAGCUGAGAUGGCCUACCACAAUACGAGACCACCAAUAGCAGUUACCUUCCCCAAACCACUGGUGGCCAUCCUUCAGCGCGGCUGGAACGCCUCGGCAGAGGAUAGACCUGAAUUUAAAGAGAUUGUAACUAUUCUGGAGGAUUGUAAACAGUCUCAGGGUGCUGCUCUCCUCAGUAACUCCCCGAUCAGUGUGUCCCUUGUGUCACGACUCUCACCAAUCAGAGACGAGGAGGAAGGAGAGGAAGGUCGUGACACUCCGCCCCUCGCUGGUCAUGUGACAGCACUUAGGUCACACUGGGAACAGGAAGCCACCAGACACAGUGUUGUUCCCGAUGAUGAACUGAAGCGACGUCUUCAGUACCCACAGAUAGACAAGAAUGGCUAUGUGUCGGACCCGCUGAGUACCUUACAAAUCCCUGUGACGAUUGCGCCGCCAGCAGAACCACCAACCAAGGCCGACUCUCCCUUCACCCCAUCUGUCCUUAACAACCUCUGUAAUGGCUUCCGGUCACAGUCCCCAGCCAGUAGUACUUCCUCUGUCAGUGACAUCACUUCCUGAGCCACAGUCCCCAGCCAGUAGUACUUCCUCUGUCAGUGACAUCACUUCCUGAGCCACAGAAGAGAUAUUUUGGGAAUUAAGCUGUCUGCAGUUUGUCAGACAUAACACAAAAGUGACCUUGUUACAGAUGUUGUAUAAACAAUUUAUUGUGUUAUAUUUAAUUUACAUGUGUGAUGAUGGGUGUCCCAGGUACAAUGUCCUGACAUCAUAAUCAUUUGAUCUGUUACCUGCAAAUGUGCCAAAACUAACUAUUUUCAUAAAAUGCAUUAAGUUAUUAUCUAUGAUGGAUUAUCUAUGAUGGAUUAUCUUACAUACAUGUAGGCCAGCUGGUUUUUCCACAAGGAAAGUUGAUGAUUUUAGUCUGAAAAAGGAGAUGUUUGCCUUCUGUCUGUCAGUCCUUCUGUCUGUCUGUCCAUCGCCCGUCCAUAAACAAUUUACAUUUUCAACUUCUCAGAAACCCCUGAACCAAUUUCAUUGAAAAUUUGGAGAAACCUUCCGUGGCCAAAGUUCAACCAAAAGUGUUAAUUAUUUAGUCCCCACCCCUCAGGGUAAGGGCAAAAAGGGUCAAAUUGACUGAAAUUUCAAAAAUCAUCUUCUCAAGACCCAAAUAAGGUAGGAUCAAAUACUAUACCUUAAUAGUAGGGUUUUAGGGUGCUGUAUCAAAAUUGUGAAUUUUAUUACCCUGGGCUCUUAUGUUUGCCCCUCAUGUUUUUCUCUGGAGAGGGGGUAAACUUUACUUAAGUUUAUAUAAGGAAAUCACACUUGACUGAAAUAUUUCAGAACCCAGGGGACCCAUUGACCUCUUGUUCAUGCUGUCCCCAAACAUAGAGAAUCAGUUUUGUAACAAGAACAAGUAUAUCGUUGUUCAGCCUUUUCUUUAACUACAGUAAUAACUAAUUAUAAAGAUAAAUACAUGUAUAUAUUGUAAAAACAGUAUUUAGAUAUUUCAUUGUAGUUGAGACAUAUUUGUACCUAUGACAAUAUAGCAUUUUUCAUUGUUCUGAUAUAAGUCAUAGCUGUGUAGACUUCACAUAUCUAGAGAAGUUUAAUUUAUUCUUUAUCAACAGUGUUUGUCCAAAAAAUGUUUGCUAUGCAAUCUUAUUGAUGCGAAAGUAAGAAAUUGGUGAAAGCUUGUAUGAUAUCCCAGAUAUAUCAGAGCAUGACUUCAUAAUGUAUGAUAUCCUAGAUAUAUCAGAGCAUGAUUUCAUAAGGUAUGAUAUAUCAGAGCAUGAUUUCAUAACGUAUGAUAUCCCAGAUAUAUCAGAGCAUGAUUUCAUAACGUAUGAUAUCCCAGAUAUAUCAGAGCAUGAUUUCAUUAGGUAUGAUAUCCCAGAUAUAUCAGAGCAUGAUUUCAUAACGUAUGAUAUCCCAGAUAUAUCAGAGCAUGAUUUCAUAACGUAUGAUAUCCCAGAUAUAUCAGAGCAUGAUUUCAUUAGGUAUGAUAUCCCAGAUAUAUCAGAGCAUGAUUUCAUAACGUAUGAUAUCCCAGAUAUAUCAGAGCAUGAUUUCAUAACGUAUGAUAUCCCAGAUAUAUCAGAGCAUGAUUUCAUAACGUAUGAUAUCCCAGAUAUAUCCGUGCAUGAUUUCAUAACGUAUGAUAUCCCAGAUAUAUCAGAGCAUGAUUUCAUAACGUAUGAUAUCCCAGAUAUAUCCGUGCAUGAUUUCAUAACGUAUGAUAUCCCAGAUAUAUCAGUGCAUGAUUUCAUAACGUAUGAUAUCCCAGAUAUAUCAGUGCAUGAUUUCAUUAACAGUGAUAUUACAAGAUUGCUUUUUUUAAUUAUCUUUUAGAAAGGCUGAAAUCUUUCUAUGUCUAAACAGAGUUAUUGCCCUUUGUUUAUGGUAAAUAUGGAAUGUUAGCAUAGGUAAUAAGAUUUAUAAAAAUAAUGGAUAGUUCCAGUCUAUUAUUACAGCUAUGUUUAAAGCACUUCCACAAGGUUGAAGUUGAAGUAGCACGACACUGCCAUUGAUCUUUUAGAACUGAGAUUUAAUGUAAUUUUAUGUAAUUUUAUGUAAGUUUAUGUAAGUUUAUGUGGUUCUAUCAUCCCUAAAUCCUGGUUUGUCUGUAGUCUUGGAUUGACUGACACUCCUGUCUUAUAUAGUGAUCUGGUGCCUUGUGAUCAAGUGUAACUCUUUCUGUGUGAAUUGAACUAUCAAUUUAGGUAUAUAUAUAAAAUGAAAACAAAUCUGUUGAUAUCUCAAGUGUGUGUUUGUGUGUGCAUGUGUGCAUGUGUGCGUGUUGUGAAAAAAGAUUGGAAGAAAACUGUAUGACUUUCAACACAGUUACAAAUUCAAAGAAAAAAUAAUGAUUUGUUAUAAAAAUUAAUGCUCAUUGAUGUAAUAAAAUGAAAAAUGAUAAAUGUUUGAUAUACAUGUACAUACCAGACAUGGGUUCAAUUGCAUGGUAAUGUAAUUAAUUAAAUUACUGUUACUUUGUGAAAAUGGCAUAAACAUUACCAUUACCGUUAAAAAAAUUGAAAUAUCAUUAAUUGAAUUACCUUUACUUUGCCAAUGUAAUUAAUUAAAUUACACAUUACAUUUUGUGUUAAAGAAUUUAUUGUAGACAAAAGACUAAACUGGUAACAUAAAUUACAUAAUACUGCCUAUUUAUAAAUGACACAAUGUGUAUUAUACAUCAGUAUUGAACAUGUAGUUUUAUACAUUUGUGUGAUAGAAAUGUAUAAUACAUGUUGAUCAUUAUUAAUAAUUAUAGUACAUUUAUAUCUAUUUCACUUGAUUUAUAAUUUACAACAACUUUUGUUAGUAGUACUUUUGAAAUAAACUUUUUCCCUCUUCAAAAUCAGUUGUGAUAUACAUGUAAUUGAAAUGUAAUUGAAAAAUAAUUGGUGGUGUCAGGCAUUUUGUAAUGUAAUGAAUUACAUUACCAUUACAUGUAAUUAAAUUUACCUUGAAUUACAAAUUACUUUCAAUUACUUGGGAAAAUGUAAUGCAUUAAAUUACGUUUUUAAUUACCCCAUGCCUGAUACAUACACAUAUUUUCAUCAAUAUUUAUGUUUAUAUGUGAAACAGAAACCUUACAAUAAUGACUUGUUUGCUGUAUUGAUUUCAUUGGAUCACCAUGACUGAUGGUUGUGCUAUGACAGUCGCAUUAGUGUGAAGGAUGGAAGGGAAAGUUGUCUUGUUUGGCUUUUUAGGUUGUGGUAUUAUAUAAUGUGUGAUAGUGGUUUUAUAUGGAGUGUGAGAGUUUAGUUUUAUAUGGUGUGUGAGAGUUAAGUUUUAUAUGGAGUGUGAGAGUUUAGUUUUAUAUGGUGUGUGAGAGUUAAGUUUUAUAAGGAGUGUGAGAGUUUAGUUUUAUAUGGAGUGUGAGAGUUUAGUUUUAUAUGGAGUGUGAGAGUUUAGUUUUAUAUGGAGUGUGAGAGUUUAGUUUUAUAUGGUGUGUGAGAGUUUAGUUUUAUAUAUGGAGUGUGAGAGUUUAGUUUUAUAUGGUGUGUGAGAGUUUAGUUUUAUAUAGUGUGUGAGAGUUUAGUUUUAUAUAGUGUGUGAGAGUUUAGUUUUAUAAGGAGUGUGAGAGUUUAGUUUUAUAUGGAGUGUGAGAGUUUAGUUUUAUAUGGAGUGUGAGAGUUUAGUUUUAUAUGGAGUGUGAGAGUUUAGUUUUAUAUGUCACUUGAGUUUAGUUUUAUAUGUUACUCGAGAGUUUAGUUUUAUGUUGUGUGUGAGAGUUUAAUUUUAUAUGUCAUGUGAGAGUUUAUUUAAGGCAUGUGCAAUGUAUUUUAUUAGCCCACCAUUAUCAGAUAGUCUCUUCUCCCACCAUCACCUGUCCAUUCUUGUUAAUCUCCACAUCUCAAGAGUGACUUGAUCAUUAGAUCAUCGUCAAAGUUCCAUGUAGGUAAGUAGGUUACCCCAGGUCCCUAGUAGGUUACCGCUGGUCCCUAGUAGGUUACCCCUGGUCCCUAGUAGGUUACCCCUGGUCCCUAGUAGGUUACCCCAGGUCCCUAGUAGGUUACCCCUGGUCCCUAGUAGGUUACCGCUGGUCCCUAGUAGGUUACCCCUGGUCCCUAGUAGGUUACCCCUGGUCCCUAGUAGGUUACCCCAGGUCCCUAGUAGGUUACCUCUGGUCCCUAGUAGGUUACCCCUGGUAACUAGUAGGUUACCCCUGGUCCCUAGUAGGUUACCCCUGGUCCCUAGUAGGUUACCCCAGGUCCCUAGUAGGUUACCCCUGGUCCCUAGUAGGUUACCCCAGGUCCCUAGUAGGUUACCCCUGGUAACUAGUAGGUUACCCCUGGUCCCUAGUAGGUUACCCCUGGUAACUAGUAGGUUACCCCUGGUCCCUAGUAGGUUACCCCUGGUCCCUAGUAGGUUACCCCAGGUCCCUAGUAGGUUACCCCUGGUAACUAGUAGGUUACCCCUGGUCCCUAGUAGGUUACUGCUGGUCCCUAGUAGGUUACCCCUGGUCCCUAGUAGGUUUCCCCAGGUCCCUAGUAGGUUACCCCAGGUCCCUAGUAGGUUACCCCUGGUAACUAGUAGGUUACCCCAGGUCCCUAGUAGGUUACCCCUGGUAACUAGUAGGUUACUCCUGGUCCCUAGUAGGUUACCCCUGGUCCCUAGUAGAUUACCUCUGGUCCCUAGUAGGUUACCCCUGGUCCCUAGUAGGUUACCCCUGGUCCCUAGUAGGUUACCGCUGGUCCCUAGUAGGUUACCCCUGGUCCCUAGUAGGUUACCCCUGGUCCCUAGUAGGUUACCCCUGGUCCCUAGUAGGUUACCCCAGGUCCCUAGUAGGUUACCCCUGGUCCCUAGUAGGUUACCCCUGGUCCCUAGUAGGUUACCCCUGGUCCCUAGUAGGUUACCCCUGGUCCCUAGUUGUGCAUGUUCAACUUUGAGAUUGAACUAACAAAUAAAAAGACAGACAGCCAUCUUGGAAGCUAAAAUUGAUCAAAUUUCAUAUUUUUGUGCCAUUUAAAACUUGUUCAAUUUUAAAACUGAUUGGAGGAGCAAAUUUAAAGAUUUUUGGAAUGAUUUCAAAAACAACCGACAGGAGGCAAUUUUGGAUUUUGGUAAAUACUGCACAUUGCUAUUCCUUACCACUUGGUCCCCAGUUGUGUGUGUUUGAUUUUGUAACUGUUGUUGCAAUUUAUAGAAAGAAUUUGUUGAUCAAUGUCAUUCUGUGUUGUCUUGAAUACAACAGAUGAUUAAGGGGAAUGAGGAGAUAACCGUAACCCUAACCAUAACCCUAGCCCUAACCCUACCCUAACCCUAACCUAACCCUAUAACCCUAACCUAACCCUAUAACCCUACCCUAACCCCUAACCCUACCCUAACCCUAACCUAACCCUAAUCAAUAAAGACCCUAUGAUGGUGGGCACUAACAUCCCUUUGGAAUCUGAUAUUUGUGGAUCUUAGUUUUACAAUGUGUUUUUAUUGAACAAUGCUUGCACUCAUUUAAUGUUUACAUAGUUUUUUAGCUCACCUGGUCCUAAGGACCAAGGUGAGCUUAUGCUAUACCGUGGCAUCCGUCCGUCUGUCUGUCCAUCUAUCCGUCCGUCAACAAUUACCUUGUGAACACGAUAACUUGAGUAAAUAUCCACCAGGUUUGAUGAAACUUUGUAUGCAGUCAGAUAUUGGCAAGAUCUCAGACGAGUUCAAAAAUGGAAAUUAUUCAUCUGUAACUUACAGAGUUAAUGCCCAUGGUAAUAAUAUCAUUAUUAAACCUUGUGAACACAAUAACUGGAGUAAUUAUCAACUUAUAACUCAAUUAUCAAGUUUGUUCAACCUUUUUAUGCUUCCAUAGAUCGACAAGAUCUCAGACAAGUUCGAAAAAUGGGAAUUAUUCGACUGUAACUUACAGAGUUAUUGGCCUUUCUAAUAAUAUUGUUAUUAACAAUGUUUUUGGUUCACCUUGGAUGAAGGUGUUUUUUUUAAUGCUACUUGUCCUGAAUAACUAAAUGGAUUUUGAUGAAAUUUGGUCUGGAGAAUCAUUUGGCAGUGUUGAAUGUUGUAUAAAUGAAGAAUGUGACACCCUUUUGGCAGGAGAAAGGGGGCCCAAUAGUUGGAAAAUAUUUGAAAUAUAGAUUGAAUUAGAGUAUUUUGCCAUAAUUACUGAAAUAUCCAGGUGAGCGAUGCAGGCCCUCUGGGCCUAUUGUUAAUUUGUCGAUUCUAUUAUUUUAUUGUUUAAAUGCAAUUUUGACAAAACUAUGCAACUGGAAAGACAAACCUUGGGGUGACAACCAAUAAUGUGACAGGAAUGACAUACCUUGGGGUGACAACUAAUAAUGUGACAGGAAGGACGUACCUUGGGGUGACAACCAAUAAUGUGACAGGAAGGACGUACCUUGGGGGUGACAACCAAUAAUGUGACAUGAAGGACGUACCUUGGGGGUGACAAUCAAUAAUGUGACAGGAAGGACGUACCUUGGGGGUGACAACCAAUAAUGUGACAUGAAGGACGUACCUUGGGGGUGACAACCAAUAAUGUGACAGGAAGGACGUACCUUGGGGUGACAACUAAUAAUGUGACAUGAAGGACGUACCUUGGGGUGACAACUAAUAAUGUGACAGGGAGGAUGUACCUUGGGGUGACAACUAAUAAUGUGACAGGGAGGAUGUACCUUGGGGUGACAACUAAUAAUGUGACAUGAAGGGCAUACCUUGGGGUGACAACUAAUAAUGUGACAUGAAGGACGUACCUUGGGGUGACAACUAAUAAUGUGACAAGAAGGACGUACCUUGGGGUGACAACCAAUAAUGUGAAGGGAGGAUGUACCUUGGGGUGACAACCAAUAAUGUGACAGGGAGGACAUACCUUGGGAUGACAACUAAUAAUGUGACAGGGAGGAUGUACCUUGGGGUGACAACCAAUAAUGUGAAGGGAAGGACGUACCUUGGGGUGACAACUCAUAAUGUGACAGGGAGGAUGUACCUUGGGGUGACAACCAAUAAUGUGACAGGGAGGAUGUACCUUGGGGUGACAACCAAUAAUGUGACAGGAAGGACGUACCUUGGGGUGACAACUCAUAAUGUGACAGGGAGGAUGUACCUUGGGGUGACAACUCAUAAUGUGACAGGGAGGAUGUACCUUGGGGUGACAACCAAUAAUGUGACAGGGAGGAUGUACCUUGGGGUGACAACCAAUAAUGUGACAGGAAGGACGUACCUUGGGGUGACAACUCAUAAUGUGACAGGGAGGAUGUACCUUGGGGUGACAACCAAUAAUGUGAAGGGAAGGAUGUAAUUUGGGGUGACAACCAAUAAUGUGACGAAAAGGGCAUACCUUGGGGUGACAACCAAUAAUGUGACAGGAAGGACGUACCAUGGGGUGACAACCAAUAAUGUGAAGGGGAGGAUGUACCUUGGGGUGACAACCAAUAAUGUGAAGGGAAGGACCUACCUUGGGGUGACAACCAAUAAUGUGACGAAAAGGGCAUACCUAGGGGUGACAACCAAUAAUGUGACAGGAAGGACGUACCAUGGGGUGACAACCAAUAAUGUGAAGGGGAGGAUGUACCUUGGGGUGACAACCAAUAAUGUGAAGGGAAGGACCUACCUUGGGGUGACAACCAAUAAUGUGACAGGAAGGAUGUACCUUGGGGUGACAACCAAUAAUGUGACAGGAAGGACGUACCAUGGGGUGACAACCAAUAAUGUGAAGGGGAGGAUGUACCUUGGGGUGACAACCAAUAAUGUGACAGGAAGGACGUACCAUGGGGUGACAACCAAUAAUGUGAAGGGAAGGAUCUACCUUGGGGUGACAACCAAUAAUGUGACAGGAAGGAUGUACCUUGGGGUGACAACCAAUAAUGUGACAGGAAGGACGUACCAUGGGGUGACAACCAAUAAUGUGAAGGGAAGGACCUACCUUGCGGUGACAACCAAUAAUGUGACAGGAAGGAUGUACCUUGGGGUGACAACCAAUAAUGUGACAGGAAGGACGUACCAUGGGGUGACAACCAAUAAUGUGAAGGGGAGGAUGUACCUUGGGGUGACAACCAAUAAUGUGAAGGGAAGGACCUACCUUGGGGUGACAACCAAUAAUGUGACAGGAAGGACGUACCUUGGGGUGACAACCACUAAUGUGACAGGAAGGAUGUACCUUGGGGUGACAACCAAUAAUGUGACGGGAAGGAUGUACCUUGGGGUGACAACCACUAAUGUGACAGGAAGGACGUACCUUGGGGUGACAACCAAUAAUGUGACGGGAAGGAGGUACCUUGCGGUGACAACCAGUAAUGUGACAAGAAGGACAAACCUUGAGGUGACAACCAAUAAUGUGAAGGGAAGGACAUACCUUGGGGUGACAACCAAUAAUGUGACAGGAAGGACUUACCUUGGGGUGACAACCAAUAAUGUGACGGGAAGGAUGUACCUUGGGGUGACAACCACUAAUGUGACAGGAAGGACGUACCUUGGGGUGACAACCAAUAAUGUGACAGGAAGGACGUACCUUGGGGUGACAACCAGUAAUGUAACAGGAAGGACAUACCUUGGGGGUGACAACCAAUAAUGUGACAGGAAGGACGUACCUUGGGGUGACAACAAAUAAUGUGACAGGAAGGACGUACCUUGGGGUGACAACAAAUAAUGUGACAGGAAGGACGUACCUUGGGGUGACAACCAAUAAUGUGACGGGAAAGAGGUACCUUGGGGUGACAACCACUAAUGUGACAGGAAGGACGUACCUUGGGGUGACAACCAAUAAUGUGAAGGGAAGGACGUACCAUGGGGUGACAACCAAUUAUGUGAAGGGGAGGAUGUACCUUGGGGUGACAACCAAUAAUGUGACAGGAAGGACAAACCUUGGGGAUGACAACCAAGAAUGUGACGGGAAGGAUGUACCUUGGGGUGACAACAAAUAAUGUGACGGGAAGGACGUACCUUGGGGUGACAACUAAUAAUGUGAUGGGGAGGACGUACCUUGGGGUGAUAACCAAUAAUGUGAAGAGAAGGACGUACCUUGGGGUGACAACCAAUAAUGUGACGGGAAGGAUGUACCUUGGGGUGACAACCAAUAAUGUGACAGGAAGGGUGUACCUUUGGGUGACAACCAAUGAUGUGACGGGACGGAUGCAUGCUUCAUCACAUGGAUUAUUAAUGUGCAAGUUACUGAUGGACUUAUUUGAAAAAUCUAAUACUGGCUUAAAAAAAGUGAGAAAUAAUUUCCCAGUAGAUGAUAUGUUAUAGAUGUUUACAUUAGGUACACUAUGAAAUAUUUAUUUUGUUACACAUUGAGAUAAUCAUAAUAAAAGUAGACUUCUAAA